AUGUCUUCCGCAGAGUCUGAUGGCAAUCGGCAGCCAGGGCUCAUCGCCCUUUGUGUUGUGAUGCUCACAUUAGCUGUGGUCUCGGUCGCCCUCCGCUGCUGGUCCAUCUGGGGCUCGCGCACUCACAAAUUUGGCUACGACGACGCAUUUGCCAUCCUAACAUUGCCCUUCAUUAUCGCCGAAUCGGCCCUCAUAUUCUACUGGAUCUCACUUGGGUUAGGCCGUCAUUCAGCAACAUUACCCAUCAGCACUCAACUAGCAGGUCCCAAGAUUAUCUUCGCCGCCGCCUACUUAUACGAUGCAUGCAUUACCUUGCCCAAAUUAUCGGUGCUCUGUUUCUACCAUCGAGUCCUCAAACGGGGAGCCACAUGGGUCCGCCCUACACUCUGGGCGGUCGGUACGCUCUGCGCUAGCUGGCUGAUCGGGUCCUGGUUGGCGACCACUUUCCAGUGUACGCCCAUUCAUGCCUCCUGGCAAGCUGUUCCCGACUCCAAAUGCUUCACGCAGUGGAAAUUCUUUACUGGGACUGCUGCCCCCAGUGCGGUCCUGGAUCUGGUUAUCCUGCUGAUCCCGAUGCCACUUCUCUGGUCGUUGCACUUGACCAAGGGUAAAAGGCUCCUGCUAAUUGGCCUAUUUAUUUGCGGUUACUCGUAA